AUGCCUGAGGACAAGGAAUUCAGGCCCUGGCUGAUCGCCUGUCUGUCCUCGCUGGGGUUCCUGGCCGGUGAUGUCCUCAGCUAUCCCCUCGACACGGUCAUCACUCGCAUGCGCGUGCAGAAGACGCCGCUCACCCUGCUACAGACUUUCCAGAAGAUCGUUCGCGAAGAAGGCCCCAGGCAGCUGUUCCGAGGCAUCUCCCUGUCGACCAUGACCGCCUUCGUCCCCAGCGUCAUCUACUUCGGGGUGUACGAGAGCCUCAUGUUCAGGAUGAGUCAGUUAGUCGACCGCCUCAACUCCGAGAAGAGCUCGCUCGUGGACUCUUUCAAGAUGGCCUUUCCAUUAGCUGUCGCCUGCGUGGCGGAAGCACUCUCGCUGGUAGUGAAUGUGCCGUUCGACCUGGUCAGGACCCGUAUCCAGAGCGGUGAACCGGGGCUGGGAGGGCGGGUGUGGCAGGUGAUGGGCAACGUGGUGCGGCAGGAGGGUCUUGCAAGGCCCUACAAGUCAAGCCAUAUCUACAUCGUCUGCGCGUUGUCAUUCACAGGCCUGCAGUUCCAGUUCCUUGAGAUGUUCCGGUACUUCCUCACGGAGAACAUGGCGACCGUGCUGGCCAGCACUGCCCUGGCCACCGUGCUGACCAACCCCCUGGACUUCGUGAUGACCCGCCACGUGCUGCUCAAGAGUGACUCCAACAGUCUGCGGGUGGGGGCGCUGAUGCGGAAGAUGGCUCAGUAG